UAUAAAGUUUUCAAUAAGUUAUUCGAUUACAAUGCGAGCGGUUUCGGUGUCAGUGCUACUCAUCCUUGUUGUCUGGGUGUCCUGUUUCGGCGAAUCAGGCGCAGAUUGCUGCUGGACAAAGGCCAAGCUGCUCUUCACGAUGGGCACAGGAUCGUGCGGAAUGGUCAAUGCCAAGACCACCAAAUACGGAUGCGAGGCCACAGUUUGCGCGGAUGGAAGAGUGCUCAAGGGCACAUAUUGUGGCGUGGGUUCGUGCAAUAUCAUUGGAUGCUUUUGUCGCGGCGGCUGUCUCACUGGAAACUAUGGCGAGUCAUUUGUGGAAAUAAAUAAUAGGUAUCAGAUCAACUUGAUAAGCACCCAAAUGAGGCUUGCCAAUUUAACAGAUACCGAGGCCUAAUUUUAAUUUUAUUCCAUUGAAAUCAAAAAAAAAAAAACUUAACUUUGAGUAAAAUAAAGCGUAUCAAACAGAUGUUAUUUUUACGUGGUAAAAGUUUCAAGUUUGCUGAUUGUUAAUAUACCUACCAGAGCGAUUCGAAGUGAAUAUGUUUAAAGAUUAAUUCAGAUACCGUAUACAGUAUUAAAAUUAUACCUUAGAUAAAUGAUUCAAUUUAGUGAUGGAACUUGCCAGCAAAAAUAUUCAUUUUAAUAACGCGUUUUCAGGACAUCUCACAUAAGCGCGGUUAGGUUUCACCAUUCAAUUCAAGUGGUCGCUGGAGUUAUCACUUUACCAUUUAGAUUGCAUUAUCCCCUCACUGGGCAACUGGGCAACUGGGCAACUGGACGACCUUUCGACCCCGGAAAGCCAAUCAUCCGUCCAUCCAAUCGCUGUGCUUUCGGGUAUAAUCCGUAUAUCUAGUGCUGUAUCUCGUUAUGACGCCCUGUCGCGGGAAGCGUCUCAAAGUUUUGGCCCACUGAAUGGGUUCAAAAAGUGCCAUAAAACACCCGCUAAACAGAAGUUUGCGUGGGGCGGGGGCGGCGGCCAAAGUUGGCUUUAUGCCGGUGGCAUAAUCAAGGAUCAGUGGGGGCAAGGACCAGGACCAGGAGAACUACGUGUCCACAAAGUGGCGCUCCGCGUGCAAACAGGAGUGGAUGUGGCACUGGGCGUGGACGUGGGCGAAAAGAAAUGAUAAUAAUGCUCGGGUCAAAACAAUAUAAAUGCAAAUGCAGCGGCGCUGGCUGCUCAGUCGGCGUCGACUCAACGCCUUUUACAGUCCUGCAACGCAUUUUAAUCAGUUGGCAGUGGAACUCCGGCACCGAAUCCAACUGCAGAUCCCCCGUCCACGUCCACGUCCUCGUCCUUCAUUCUGUUGGCAAUCCCCGACUUUCCGCAGAACAGUGUCCUGGCCUGCUGGUCUGUCCUGUCCUGAAUGCCAAGUGCGACGUCAGCGGGGGACAGUUUAUGAGGAUGGCGCGAGAGGCGCGAAAAGUUUACGCCUGCGGCUCGCAGGGGGCGUGGCAUUGGGAUGCACUCGACGAAAUAUCCAUGGAGUUGUGGCACGGCAGGAUAUACAAAUGGCAUCCGAUGCUCAACUUUCGUUUACAACGCAUUUUAAUCAUACACACUAAGUUUUCUUUGCAGUGGAUCGUGUCCGGUUUGGCCAGCAUCGAGGGGACGACUGGUGACUGGUCCGCCCUCACCUGUUGCCCGGGCCAUAAAUCAUAACUCAAUUGAGUGGGCGUGGCAGCGUGCCCACAGGAAAAAAGCGUUCAGUAUCAAAUGGAAUUGAUUGCGAACAUCCCAAGAUUGCAGCAGCUUAAAAAGAGUUUCGCCAGUUUUCAGUUUUCAGAUUUCAGCUUUCAGUUUUCCGAGUCCCCGGGCCCGUAAAUCAAUCGUUGGCCGGGAUAAUUCCCUCUGAUGCGAUUAGCCAGCAACUCCCGGAGUUAAUCGAGGCAGCCGAUAACGAGCCGGACCAUCCGGAUCAUGGAGAAUCGGAGUGCGUAACCGAGUAUUCAAGUAGCCAAGUAUCUGGAUAUCCGGGUAGCCGAGUAUCCCCAACUGGGUUAUGCACUUAUUGGCUGUCCGCUUUUUGCGAAUCCGAUGAAACGGGUGUGGUGGGUGGAAAGUGCGUGGAUGCAUGGAUGCAUGGCUCAAAAGGCGCCGAAACUCGCUUUUCUUAUUAACUAAUUAAGGCAGCUGCCAAGCCAGAUGCUGCCACAUUUUCCCCAGCAUGUGUGUGUUGCCAAUUUAACGCUCCGGCUUUGUCGUCACUUUGUGUCUUCCUCGCCGUUAGCCCCCUUUUUUUGGUCUUGGCCCGGGAAAUUUGCAUUUCCAUUUGCCUGCAGCGGGCGCAAGUUGCAGCUGGAAAACCCCACACCGCUCCAAUUUUAAUGAAUUGCCAAAAUCGCACAAAUGCUAAACGAAAAUUCAAUUUGCAGAUAUAACAACAAGCUGGAGCAAGGCCUAAGUCGAGUCAAGAGCGUCGGGAAUACCCUGGGCAAAACUGCUUUUACUUUGCUGGAUGAUGACUUUUAUCCAAAAUGCGAAGCAAUACUUUUGAUUCCUAAAUAGAUUUCUUAAUAGCAGCUCGUAUACCUUUAGUUUUCAGUGAUCAUUAAUAUAGGUAAUACAAGUGAAUUUAUAUGGAAAAAGUAAUGAUACUAAGGAAAAUGAAAGAUAAGAAUAUAAUAAUAUAACAUACCCAAAGCAACCAAUUACUGGGUAGAAAAGCCACCGCGAGAGGCUUUUGCGAUAGUAACAAUAAAUAAAUUGCACAUUUGC